AUGGCUCAGUUUUAUUUGAUAUUUUUGCUGAUUUUCAUGGCUAGCCAAAGCGAGUCAGCAAAGGCACGCCUACAAAUGAUGUGGAGAAGUUUCGACUGCUACCCAAAUGCGGAGUACAUUUCCCAUCAUAAGUGUACUAUUCUGGAGCCAGGGAAAUCUCUGAUCACCGCCGAACUGAACUACAUUAAGGACAUUAUGAAAUUCAAUGCCACCUUUAAGCUGUUCAUGCCUCGAAGGCCUUCUCGACCAUUUCAGAAAGUUAUUGAUGUGAACGUGGAUAUAUGCCAGUUUGUCAAGGGAAUUCAUGGCCAUCGCUUCAUGACCAUUGUGGUAAAAGCUUUUGGCAAGCAAGGAUCUCAGCUGAAGUGUCCUCAUCCCAAGGGUCUUUACAUAUACCCCAACAUAAACAUUGCUGAAAAUUUACCUGCUUUCUUGCCGGAGACCGAUUUUAAAAUCGAGAUGAAUUUCCUAACUCCCGAAGCGCACGUCUUUAAUACUAGCCUCACCGGAUUCUUGUUCGAUCCGAUUAAAAAGAAGGCAAAGACUUUUUAA